AUGGAGGGCACACCUCAACUCAACACGGCCGCAGACCUCGAGAUGCGUGCCGCAAGGGUAGCAGAUCCCGGGAUCGACCUCAAAACGAAGCUCAAUGUAGCGUGCGAGCUCAGAGAGAUGCUCGACAUCAUCAGGGAAAGCGAGUCGGCUCGGGUCAUUCCCCACAUGGUCCCUGUCUUGCUUGAUAUUCUUCGGUCUGGAGAGCCGGCGUGGCACAAAGACAUGCCGGAAUUCCAAUUUCGCCGCUGCCUUCUCGACAUUCUUCAUCGGCUCCCCUCCAAUGACGCUCUCAAACCUCAGAUGGAUCCUAUUGUUCAGGGAAUGCUUCAUAUACUGCGCCACGAUAACGAAGAAAACGGAGGAAUCGCAUGCAAGAUAAUGGUGGAUAUCUUGCGCGCGUACAGAACCUACAACCAACGGCAUUUCUCAGAAUUCAUUGCCUUGGCACAAGAUGUCUAUCAGAAUGUGCCAGGGCUAGUCGAAGAGCACCUGUCGGAAGGCUCGGCUGUCAUGGACACCAAUACUGCCCUCCCUGCACGACGUAGUCUCAAGAUCAUAGCGGAAUUGGCAAUGGUCAUUGUUGCAUACACGCAAAGCUUUCCCAAUGAAGUACCACACGUCCUUCCUGAUCUUCAGGCGAUAUCAUUACAGCUUCUUGAAGUCGAAUCUCCAAUUCAAAAAAAGACUCGAGAAGACUACGAGGCUAUGGGAGGCAUAUGGGCUGGCAUGUCACCAGAAAUCAAGAAUACGUCAGCUUUCUCCGACUUGAUGGUCGCUCAAGUGAAGACUGCCUCGUAUCUAGCAUUCGUUCUCCGAGGACCAUCCCCAGACGAAGGAGGUGUGUCGGAGGAGGAACGUAUUGAACUCCGGAACAAGUUUGGUAUCUUAAUUGGAGCUUCUAUCCGUAUUCUGCAGGAUUGCCCAGCAACGGCAACAACUCCGCGUCGAGACUUACUCAUUGUAGUCAGACACCUUCUGACAACAAUAUUCAAGCGCGAUUUUGCCCCUUACAUCGACAAGAUUCUCUAUGAACCGGUGCUGUGGGGUACUGCUGUCGGAUGCAGAGAAACCGUCAAGCAGGUUGUCUUUGCAAUUUAUGGUGACUUUGUUACAUCUCUACGAAAUGACAUGAGCGCAGCGCAAUUGACGCGUCUCUGCCACAUCUUCAUACGACAUCUACAUGAUCCUCGUCUCGUUGUCCCGCUGCACGUGUUGUCAGCGAAGAUCAUUUUUAGCACGAUCGACAUCAUCCUCGUGAAGGAUACAAAGCAGGGUGCCGGACGUACAUUGACGUCGUUGCUGGAUGCAUGCGUGGACAAGUUGGAAUCAAUAGCUAAUGUCCAAGCCCAGCUUGUGAGCAAAGCGGAGAAUCCAAAGGGCGGGGAAGAGACUUCUGCAGAAUUCUCUAUUAUAGAGAAGGCAAGACCAAUUUCUGGAGCGAUGUAUGCUAUUGAAAAGCCGGAAGAAACUAUGCACGUUUAUCGACAACUUGUCAAACUGCUGAUGCAGGGUGUGCGCGCGGUUCUUCACGCCCUGAAGAAAUGUGAUGGGCUUGUUCCCGACGGCAUCGUAGUCUCCCGCCUCUUCGAGAACUCUGUCCGCUGCCUUGCUUUCUGGGACAACGAGCCGCGCGAAGCUAGCGAAUACAUGGAUUGGUUUGGACAGGUCCUUGGCGAAGUGAAUCUCCAUGUCUUCCAGGAGGUGUGGACGCAGAAGAUUGACUUUUUCUUCGACAAUGUCGAGAAGCGCCCGAUUUUGAUGCAUCUUGCUCAGGCGCUGUUCAGUCGUGAAUACAGCUCCCCGACAUUAGUUGCGAUCUUGCUUCGCUUUCUUGUAAACAGGUUGCCGGAAUUGGGCGAAUACGAAGAUCAGACGGCCGCAGUCUGCAUUCGGAUGUUCAAGAUGACAUUCGCCGCCGUAGCGCAGCAUCCACAGGCGAACGAGCCAAUCCUAGCAUCGCAUCUAGGAAAGCUCAUCAUGGAUUCCUUCCCUCUGGCCGCAAAAGCGACAAAACCGACGAAUUACCUCCAUCUCCUGCGACUGCUAUUCCGUGCUAUCGGCGGUGGAGGAGGAAAAUUUGAAUUACUGUACAAGGAGGUCCUUCCGCUACUCCCCGAGAUGCUGGAAUGUCUCAACCGACAGCUACUCGCUUCUGAGGGCCUGAUCCGAGACAUGAUUGUGGAGCUCUGCCUAACUGUGCCACUACGUCUGACACAUCUACUGCCCUAUCUCUCUUACCUGAUGAAACCGCUGGUGCUGGCAUUGCGUGGAAACGCUGAGCUAGUCUCUCAAGGCUUACGUACUCUGGAACUGUGCAUAGAUAACUUAACACCUGAUUUUCUUGAUCCAACUCUCAACACUGUCUUAAGGGACCUGAUGGAAGGACUACACAGCCAUUUGAAGCCGCUUCCCGCAAAUCAUCAUCUUGCGCAUACAACUAUUCGGGUGCUGGGCAAAUUGGGCGGCAGAAACCGUCGCCUCCUGGAUAAGGAUCCUUUGCUCAAUUACUCCCAUUACUCCGAGACGUCAAAGGCUCGGAUCUCUUUUGGAGGUGCAAUCCAAACAAUCGAGCUGGGUCCUACAUCCAGUCUAGCAGCGAGCGCUAUGAGUCCAAGCAAUAGCAAAAGUGGACCUUGGUAUCGUCAGCAUGCGUACGAUUAUUUGGAGGUCUGCCUGAGCCUCCUCCUACAUGAGGGCGUCAAAAGUCGUGACCAGCAAGAAGUGUUUGUACGCUGUCUUGAAGGGCUGUAUGAUGCUAUCCAUGUUCCGGAAGUCCAGGAACGAGCAGAGAAGACCUUUCUGGAGAUCUCACAACUAGUUCUAUCGUCUGAGGUUCGUCGAGCUGCCUCGAUACCGGCGUUCUCGCGGAAAUUCCCUAGUCAACUCCUCACUUGCUACUUGGACGCAUUGCCACAUGGUGUGGCUCGUGAGAACACGUCAGAAGCAAAGAAAAUACAAGGCAUCAUCUCCAAACUCAUUCGCGACCUCAUUGCAAUGACGGACGCUCCGAGCGUCAGCGCCCAGGAUGUGAUUGCUACAUUGAACCAGAUCGCUAAUAGAUUCACUGCACUGUGUCUCGAAGAUCCUUGGAAACGCAAGUGUGCUGGAUGCAGUGGCAUCGGCAUCAUGACGCAGAUGUCAGGCCUCGGAACCAAAUGGGUCGCUGAGCGGCAGAUUGAGCUCGUCAAGACGCUCCUCGUUGUUUUGAAGGACAUGCCGUAUGACCUUCCUCGGGACGUGGACGCAGUUCUCGAAGUGCUCGUGCGUAUCAUACGUGUUGGCGACGCUGAGUCUCGUGGCGAUGAAUCAGUAUCCGGGAGGAACAAGCAAGUCCAUCUAAUUGGGAUCCUCUUGGCUGAACUUGCAAGUUCAAGUGCGAUCGUGAGAAUGGCCUCACAGAAGUGCAUCGAAUUGCUUGCAGAACUCACAGGCAAGAGCGCAGUUGAGCUUCUGUCACCCCAUCGAGAUCGAAUGUUGACGGGGCUCUACACAAAACCGCUCCGAGCACUGCCUUUCUCCAUUCAGAUCGGUAUGAUCGAAGCAGUUCGCUACUGUAUCAGCCUGCAGCCUCCUCUUCCCGAGCUCAAUGAUGAAUUACUACGACUUCUUCACGAGACGCUUGCUCUUGCUGAUGCGGACGACGUCGCUCUCAUCGGGCGCAGCAAUCCACGCGGAUCGAGUCUCGAAAUAAUCAAGCUGAGAGUCGCAUGCAUCAGGUUGUUGACUGCGGCUAUGCCUCUCACCGAUUUCUUUUCAAAGCAACAUCAAACUCGUCAAAAAGUCACCGGCGUCUACUUCAAGUCCCUGUAUUCGCCGAUUCCAGAGGUCAAAGAAGUUGCUCAUGAAGGUCUUCGUACCGUGCUGGCGCAUCAGAGCAGAUUGCCGAGGGAGCUGCUGCAGACCGGAUUGCGACCUAUUCUCAUGAACUUGGCAGAUCCUAAGCGAUUAUCUAUUCCUGGUCUUGAGGGUCUGGCCAGAUUAUUGGAACUGCUCACCAACUACUUCAAAGUCGAGAUUGGCCACAAGUUACUUGAUCACUUCAGGGUUGUUGCGGACCCUCAGAUGCUACAGGCGUCAUCAAGGCUUCCGCUAUUGGAGAACGAGGGCAUCACGAAGCUGGUACGUUUGGCAAACAUCUUUCACCUGCUGCCGUCUACCGCCAACAUCUUCCUCGAGAACCUCGUCAACGCAAUUGUCCAGACGGAGGCGCAGAUGCAUUUCUCCGGUCAAAGCCCAUUCUCCGAACCGCUCGCGAAAUACCUAGACCGUUAUCCCAUCGAUGCUGUAGACUUCUUCAUGCGCCAUUUGCAUUUUCCGAGGCACAUCCGCACCCUUAGAAGCAUCUUGCAAGCCAAUCUUGCAUGCAACCUUCUUCGUGAAUUAGCUUCGCGUACUUCAACUAUCGUGGCGACGUGCUUCGAGGGUAGGGACCAGACCCUGAUCUUGCCGGGAUUGUUGUUAUGUUCUGACCUCGCAACUCUUGUACCGGGCUGGCUGAGAGAUAAUGACUACGUCGUCAACGCAAUCCUGAGCCUUUGGGAUAUCGAGCCAUCCACUCUUGACCAGUCGGGUCUUCCAGUCGGGGAUAUCACGCAGAGAUAUUCUUUCAUGGUCGAGAUAUUCAUCAAAGCCUUAGAACAGAGUCCGCGAAUCGAUUUACUGUUCAACGUCGUUUCCAUCUUUUCUCGAAAGUUGCCACUGGACCUGGUACACAUAUCACAGUUCCUCUAUCGCCAUGUUGCCUACAAUGAAGAUCUCAUAUAUCGGAGGAACGUCCUGACCAGGUUCAUGAUCUGGUUCCAGGACCGCACUGUACUAUGGUCACAUAAACGGCAUUUCAUGCAAUUUGUUUUCACUCCUACCCUUCUCGUUCAUGCUGUCAGGUCGCCCACGAAGCUGGGGCUCAUCGACGACUCCAUCGUCAAGAAGAUGCACACGCAUAUCUGGCAACCGAUGACCGAGGAUGGAACAUUUGCGCAGUCCGACGACCUCUUCAAAAUUGAGAUCCUUCACUUCACUACUGUCAUGGUGCACCGAUAUCCUGAGUUCCUUCAGGACGUGAAGAAAGACAUCAUCAGAUGUGCCUGGCAUUAUAUCACGAGUGAGGACACUGUUGUCAAACAGACAGCAUAUCUGCUGGCAGCACGCUUCUUUGAAGCCUUCGAGGGUCCUCAGAAGUUCCAUCUGCGCGUUUGGACGGGCUUGUUGAAGCCCCCUCAUGUAGAUGGAAAAGCGCUCAUCCGUCAAGCUCUUGAUAUCAUCUCGCCUGUCUUGCUUCGAUCACAGACCUCAGAUCCUGGUUACCCGCAGUGGGCGAAGACCACACGAAGGCUCUUGGCUGAGGAAGGUGCUGGAUGGCAGCAAGUCGGUCUGAUCUACCAUCUGAUUGUCCGUCAAGCAUCCUUGUUCUAUCCGGUCCGAGCCUUGUUCAUCCCGCAUGUCGUCAACAAUGUGCCGAAACUUGGGCUUGGGCCAACGGCCACCAGCGAUUCAAAGUCUUUAUCAGUGGAUAUAUUGCAAGUCAUAUUCGACUGGGAGCAACAGGCGGCCAGCGAACGAACUGAACGUUCAUCUCCUGUCAAUUCGUCGGCAUCAGAGGGCGAGAGUAUUGCGACUUCAUGGGUUACUCCCUUGCCGUUCCGUGAGAGUAUUGUGAGCUUCUUGGUAAGGCUUGCAACUGCACCGCAGGACCCACAUCCAAGGAAUUCGGUGGUUCCACGGGCACUAUCCCUCUUGAAACUCAUAGUAGGUCCUAGUGGUUGGAGCGAUGUCACGUUCAAAUUGCACUAUUUCUCUCGUGCGCUAGAACAGAGCGAAUUAAAGGGGGAUGCUGCUGUCCUAAGCCUAAGUCAGGCUCUGAGUGCUGCGAAAGUCUUACAGGUCAUCAGCGCCGAGAAGGAUGAGUCAUGGUUCCGAACCAACGCACCCAUUCUCACGAAACUCGUCAGAAAGGGUCUGGUCAGCGAAGACGGGCCAAUCCAGGACUGUCUUCACCCUGUUUUUGAUCGUCUGAUCCAUCUGUAUCCCCUUCCGAAGGAAGAUGAACUCCAGCAAACGGAUCUCGCAGACUUUCAUGCUUUCAUCUACUCUUCAAUUGCAGACAAUCUCAGGAAUGUGGGCGAAAACCUUAGAAAUGCUGAAGAGAUUCGUCCUGGUUCUGCAGUUGUGUUGAGAGGCGUUCUGCUCAUGCUGAAAUCUGUGGUACAACUCACCGCAGAACGCAUUGAGCCCUUCAGCUCCCCUCUCAUGAAGGUCUUGAGCAGGCUAGCAAGAGAUCAUAUUCAAACCUCUCCAUCAGCCUCGAAUUUUGAAGCGAUUGUGCGCAUGAUCAUGACGAUCCUGGAAAUAUCGCAGAUUGCAGUGGCAUAUCUUGGCGACCAGAGGAAGUGGCUGCUAAGCACUUUGGUUGCGUUGGUCGACAAAUCCAAGAGUGCCGUUCUUUGCCGAUAUAUGCUCGAUAUUGCUCGCGAGUGGGCGAUCAACAAACGUGAUCCCUAUCCCACCAUGAAGGAGAAGGCAACCUUGCUGCAAAAAAUGGUCACAUUCGAGAUGCGAGGGGAACGUGGAGAAGCUUUGUUCAACAAUUUCCUCGAGCUCAUUUACGACAUAUAUACGGAUCCUAGUUUACGCCGUACCGACCUCACGAGCAGACUCGAACAACCAUUCCUCCUUGGCUGUCGAGCAGCAGACCCUAGCAUUCGGGAGCGAUUCAUAGAUCUCAUGGACGUCAGCAUACCCCGAUCUCUUUUCGGUCGCCUGACUUAUAUCCUGGGCGUCCAGAGUUGGGAAGCACUCGCUGACCAUAAUUGGCUUUUCCUGGCGUUGCAUUUGCUUCUCGGCUCAAUCGAUGCAGACGCCUCAAUCGCACCCGAGCGCAAGGGGAGUAUGGAAGCCGCUCUCUUCAGCAUACCCUCAGCAAUGGAUCGAGCAUCGACGCUGGUCAGGCCGAUGCAGCGCCUUCUCUAUCUUGACUCACAAGCAGUCCACUCUACCUGGAUCUCCGUCUUUCCUGCUGUUUGGUCCUGUCUUUCUAGACGUGAACAAGUUGAAGUCACCCAGCACAUGAUCGUUCUCCUCAGCAAGGAUUACCACUUCAAGCAAGCAAACAUGCGGCCAAAUGUCAUACAGACCCUUCUGACUGGUAUCCACGCCUGUUCCCCGCCAAUAUCUCUUCCUCCUCAUCUCGUUAAGUAUCUUGCGAAAACGUUCGGUGCUUGGCACGUCGGUGCAGAAAUCCUGCAAUCGUCUCUUCUACAAGUCAGAGAUGAUGAAGCUGUCAUCCGUGAUACCGUCUACGAUUCACUUGCAGAUGUUUACGCGGAGCUAGCCGAGGACGAUAUGUUCUAUGGCCUAUGGCGCCGUCGAUCUAAAUAUCACGAAACCAACGUUGCGCUUGCUUUCGAGCAGUGCGGCAUGUGGGAACAGGCUUCCAGCAUGUACGAAUUGGCACAAAGCAAAACGCGAGCCGGUGCCCUGCCAUUCUCCGAGGCGGAGUUCUGUUUGUGGGAAGAUCACUGGAUUCUAGCAGCGCAGAAACUCCAGCAAUGGGAUGUUCUCUAUGACUUGGCUCGGGCUGAAGACAAUCAUGAGUUGAUAUUGGAGAGUGCUUGGCGAUACAAAGACUGGUCAGAGCAGCGCGAACUUAUCAACAUAGAGGAACAGAUCAGUAAAUUACCCCCAGAUGUGGCGACUCCCCGUAAACGAGUUUUCGAAUCUUUUGCCGCGCUGCUGAAGGGCUUAGCAAACGGCAUGGAGAAGAUUAGUGGCGACUUUACUCGGUAUCUCGAGGAUGGCAUGCAGAUAUCCCUCUCCAAAUGGGUUGCUCUACCAUCCUAUCUCUCUGCGGCACACAUUCCGUUAUUGCAGCACUUCCAGCAGUUUGUGGAACUACAGGAAGCUGUUCAAAUCUUUGGCUCGCUCGCCACGACAAACAUCGCCAAUUUGGAGAAAAAGUCAUCUGAUCUCAAGAUGGUGUUACAGGCUUGGAGAGAGCGGCUACCCAAUGUUUGCGACGACAUCAGCAUCUGGAGUGACCUGGUUGGAUGGCGGAAACAUGUCUUUAAUGCGAUCAACAAGGUGUACGUGCCCCUGAUUACUGGAGGCAAUCAAGCAGCUGCAGGUGCAGGCAGCAAUGCUCCUACUUAUGGGUAUCGCGGCUACCACGAGACAGCGUGGAUCAUCAACCGCUUCGCUCAUGUUGCUCGCAAACAUGACCUUCUGGACGUUUGUUUCAACCAACUCAAUCAAAUAUACACCCUUCCCAACAUCGAGAUUUCGGAAGCGUUCUUGAAAUUGAGAGAGCAAGCGCGUUGUCACUAUCAGAAACCUGGCGAUUUGCAGGCAGGUUUGGAGGUCAUCAACAACACGAACCUCAUAUACUUCCAGGCGCACCAGAAGGCGGAGUUUUACACUCUGAAGGGAAUGUUCCAUGCGAAGUUCGGUCGUAAUGAGGAGGCCAACCAUGCCUUCGGUCAAGCCGUACAACUUGAGAUGUCUCAGGCAAAGGCGUGGGCUGCUUGGGGCAAGUUCAACGACCAUAUGUUCAAAGACAUGCCGAACGAGAUGUCGCAUGCUGCCAAUGCUGUCAGCUGUUACUUGCAAGCUGCCGGACUUUAUAAGAACAGGAAAAGUCGUCCACUUCUUACACGCGUUCUCUGGUUGCUGAGUGUAGAUGACGGAUCGUUGACCAUAUCGCGUGCUUUCGACACAUACAAAGGGGACGCUGCAUUCUGGUACUGGAUAACCCUCAUUCCUCAGCUUUGCCUUUCCAUCAACCAGCGAGAAGUUAAGCAAGCUAGGUACAUCCUGCUUAAUCUGGCCAAAUUGUAUCCUCAGGCAUUAUUCUUCCACUUGCGCACUACCAAAGAAGAGAUGGCGUAUCUCAGACAUCAAAUGAACAAGGUAGCUAGUCGGCAGGCGCCGACUGCAAGCACUGACGAUUCGCCUUCUCAAGGGCAUCCGUCUCAAACGCUAAGGGGUGGUAUUGAUAGUGGCGUGAUUGCGCGGUCUCUAAGUUCUGCAAGUGAUCCUCGCACAUCUGAUGCAUCGUCGCAUGGGAGCCGCCAGCCAUGGGAAUAUGCUGACGAAGUAAUGCAAAUCCUGAAGACUGCGUUUCCCCUCCUCAUUGCUAGUAUGGAAAGUAUGGUCGAACAAAUCGGCGUCAGGUUUAGAGCGAUGCAUGAGGAGGAAAUUUACAGACUGGUCUGUAUGCUGCUACAGGAAGGCAUGCAGCAUUACGUGCUUCGGAUGGGCGCAGAUGAUGAAGGUCAGCUACCUGCGUCGACUGUCUCUACUUUGCACAGGCUGUUGCAGAACCUUUCGGGAUCGAUACGGAAGGAAUAUGAAGAUGAUUUCCUGAAGAGUAAGCCCUCCUUGUACGACUACAUUCAACGCCUCCAACGAUGGAGAGACAAGUACGAAGGGUUCCUCGACGCUCGGCCACGUAUUCAGUCUCUGGAUAUCCUCAGCCAUUAUCUGAUGGAGUUCCAAUACGGCAAGUUUGACGACAUCGAGGUUCCAGGGCAAUAUACCGAGGACAAAGAUAGCAAUCAGAGCUUUGUGAGGAUCCUGAAGUUUGGCUCGAAGUACGAGAACUGCCGCUCUCACGGGUACUGUUGGAAGCGGUUCGCAAUACACGGCCAUGAUCACUCCCAGACGUCAUUUGCUGUACAACUUCCUUCUGGAAAGCAUUGCCGCCGAGAAGAAAGGGUCAUGCAAUUAUUCCGCACAUUGAACGGCGUUCUCAUCCGGAAGAAGGAGAGUCGGAAGCGUAACCUGCAUUUCCAUCUGCCGGUAGCAGUGCCAUGUUCGACAAAUCUGCGUCUCCUACAGAAUGACUCAUCUUAUAUUACUCUCGGAGACAUAUACGACCAGCACUGCGACAACGUAGGCAUCACUCGAGAGGACCCCACUCUGGUUAUCGGAGAAAAGGUCAGAACGGCGCUGAAGGAAUUUAGGCAGACCAUGGGCAGGAAGGCGGAAAAGAACGAGUACCUUACAUUGAAGAAGGAUCUGCUGGACGAGGUGAUUCUGAAGAUUGUGCCUGAGGAUGUCCUCACUCGCUACAUGAUUCGCACAAUGGACGGGCCUAUGGAACUCUGGCGGAUGCGCAAGCAAUUCGCCCUGCAGCUUGCCGCAGCGAGCUUUAUGACAUACAUCGUAUGCCUGACGAGCCGAAAUCCAUCUCGCUUCCACCUUUCCCGUUCCACAGGACAAAUCGCCAUGAGUGAGCUCCUGCCAGCAGGAAUCAACUCUCAAGUACCUGUCUUUGCUUCCAACGAUGCCGUGCCCUUCAGGUUGACGCCCAACAUACAACACUUCCUUGGUCCAAUUGUCACGGAAGGCAUCCUCGCCGUUGGCAUCAUGGCAAUCGGUCGGUGCCUCACGGAGCCGGAUUAUGAUCUUGAGCAGCAGCUCUGUCUAUUCGCACGAGAUGAGAUGAUGAUGUGGUUGCAGACUCGCAAGGGUCAGAUGACAUACGAUGUCUCAUUCCGGUCGAACGUCGCAGCGGCCAUUGAUGGCAUCGUGAAGCGUGCAGAGGUUCUGGCGUGCAAGCUCGAGCGCGAACAGGCAUGGAACACUCCUGUGCUGCAAACCGUGAUCAACCUCAUCAGCUCAGCCACCAAUCCGCUGAACCUGCUAAAGAUGACAGAGACGUUCCUUCCUUGGUUCUAG